AUGGUAUUAGUAAGGUCAUUUAGCUCCAUUUCAGUUCUGUGGAACAAAUGGAACACCCGAGGUUUCGUCAUUCUGAGCCUCUCGCUUCAGGUCUUUCUAGUUCUAUUUGCACCCCUUAGAAAGAAAACACCAAACCGUCCCUUCAUUUUCUCCUUGUGGUUGGCCUAUUUGAUGGCUGACUGGGUAGCUGCAUUCACGAUCGGGCUCAUUUCUCACAAUCAAGGCAAUUCAUCCACUCGUUCAACGGAAGUAGACGGAGCACUUCAGGCAUUUUGGGCUUCAUUCCUCUUGUUACAUCUUGGCGGUCCGGACACCAUCACUGCCUUCUCUUUGGAGGACAGUUUGCUUUGGCGUCGCCACCUCCUCAAUCUCGUCUUCCAAGUUGGUAGGAUACUGGUGCUUAUUCUCUCAAUCCUCCUGAGGCUCAGGGUAUCGAUGCUAUCACCGCACAGAUUGGUUGGAGAACUCGAUGAAAGAUGGGAUAGAGGAGAUAAAUUUUUUGAAGAAGAACUCAAUGUUCUAGGAAGUGGAUAUUCUGAUACAGAAUCAAAGCUAGCUGAGAGCAUUGUAGUGAAGCAUGCUUAUUACUUUUUUCAAAUCUUUAAGAUCUUCCUUGGAGAUUUUAUAUUCAUGCGUCAAAAUCGCAAAAUAAGCCAUGAAUAUUUUCACAAAGUUUCUGCGAUGGAUGGGUUGAGAGUGAUAUCAGUUGAGCUCAAUUUCAUUUAUGAGGUGCUCCAUACAAAAGCAUUGGCAAUACGUUCCAAGCAGAGCUACCUUUACCGCUUCGUAGCUUUAAGUAACGUUGUGAUAGCUUUUGCAAUGUUCAAUCUCUUGAAGAAGCAUCAAAUUUCCAUACUCGAUAUGAAAAUUACAUAUAUGCUUCUUUUCGGAGGGAUUACUCUUGAUAUGAUAGCUCUAUUCAUGCUCGUUUUCUUAGAUUGGACUAUUGCCAAAAUCAAGUGCUAUAGCACAGGAUCAUCCAAACUAGAUUCACUUCUCUGCAAUUUGGUAGCUGCCAUGGAUGACUUGAAAAAGCCUCGAUUCGCCACAUGUAAGGUAGAGGCUAACGCCGAUGUUACUUACACGGUCUUAUAUACACCAUUAAUAUUUCGAAGGUGGUCAGAAUCCAUCUUUGCUUGCAAUUUUUUCUCCGAGUUCUUGAAGGGGAGUCCAAGAAAGAUGUAUACGUGCAAUCGAGGCUGGGGCAUCAUCCCUUUUUCUAAUAUCUGCAGUUUUCCAUUCCGCAUGACUAAGAAGAUCAUCUCUUAUUUCCAUCAAGCUAGUGAGACAAUUGCCAAAGCUUGGGGUGCAGGGUUUUGUAACUAUUGGGGAAUAUCAAUGAUUCCAAAUACGAAGUACGUGUCCAAGAAUCCCUUUAUUAAGAAGCUAUGGAUCUUUAUCUUUAGGGAGGUGAGAUGUAAAUCUGAGAAUGCAGAUGAUUUGGCAGAGGUGAUGGAGAUAUUUGAGGCUAGAGUUAGUCAGCCUAAUGUGGUGUCCGCUGUGGUAGGCACUGCCCAAUUGAUAUCAAGGGAGAUGUUGUACGAGCUACAAAAUUACAUCCUUGAUGCGUCCAGGGGUGUAGAGGGGCUAUGCGAGCAAUUGGGCGAGUUUGCUUCCGCCGUAAGGGAGACGUUGCUCCACGAGGGGAUCGAUUCGGCCCCAGAGAUGAAAAGGCCCGAAACAAAGAAGGAAAAGCCCAAAAUAGAGGUUGCUCCUCGAGCGAGUCAUAUUAAGGGAGAGGCACAUGUGCAGGUGCUGAGCAAAGGUGGAGAGCUUCUUACCUUUGUUUGGCUGUUGAUGGCUCAUUUCGGUUGUUUCUACAAACCUGGAUGGGGCAUCUAUUAUGAUAGCAGGUUCUACAUGUAUCGACCAGCUAAUAAGGAUGAUCAGAUAGAGGCGGGGAAGAUAUUUGAGGCUAGAGGUGCUAUAUUUCUCGGUAGUAUACUGAAGGGGAUUGAUUGCAGCAAUCUUUUGGCGUAUGUCACUAAGGCUAAUUACCACUCUAGUGUUGGAAUAUAUAUACUGCUCGAGUUACAGAACUACCUCCGCGUUGGCUGCAAUGGUGUGAAUGUUGGCUCCAACGAUGUGAAGGGGCUAUGCAUAAGAUUGUUUCAGGGCCACGUCAAACCCAUCACUUCGAGGACGCUCGCCGAGGGGGUUAAUUUGGCCCAAGGGAUGGAAGGGCUCAAGGACAUGAAGUGGAAGGUGAUGAGCUGA